AUGGUCAGUUCUGUGGUUGCCCAGGAGACAGUUAGCCAAAUCCUAUCUGGUCUGGUUCAGAGAUAUACAGAAUCAAAUGACGCAAACAGAAACUUUGAGAGGCUAGAGAUGGCACACAUCAGGCUGGAGGCUGCUCUUGAGACAUCUGACAAGUGGCAGAUCACCGAUGCAUCUUUGCUGCAUUGGCGUAAGAAGUUGAAGCGUGUGGCUCAAGAGUGUGGCGGCACACUGCACAAAUGCAAGCAAAGAAUCGAAGAAGAUCAAUGGGAGGAACAAGAGCUGAUGAACUCUUCCCUCCCUAGCCGGAUUGUGCGUGCUACCAAGUCAUUCAUUUUCUCUGCCUUCGGCUUCAAAAAUGAGCCGAGCAGAUCCAUGGUUCAAAGGUUCGAGUGGUUUGCACAUGGAGCCAGUGAAUUUCUGAGAUACGUCGAAGUUGGUGGCACACCACGCUGUCACAUGCCAUUCAAGUCUCUUAACAGGAACCUUUUUGCAGGCAUGGAGCUCCAGCAUAAGAUUGUUUGGGGAAAUGAGUACCCUUCUUAUCUGCUAUGGCUGGUCCCUUCCAUCACUCCAGAUCAUGGGGUAGAAGCCUGCCUGAAAUUCGUCCAUAAAGAUGAUAAUGCACCGGAGAACAACUUCUUUCUUGGUGCAAUGCUGCAGAUAUCAGAAAGCACAGACAUAGUUGGGACCGUAGUGAACUGCCUGCAGCUCUUUCCUCCUUGUUUCCAGCCUACAAUUGAAACCAUCAAGAAAGAGCUCACUCAGCUUCCUACGCAGGACUUCGCAUGGGUGCCAUAUGUUGAUCUAUGGCACAGAAAACACUGGGACAAUCUCCACAGCUUCUGCACCCAAUGGUUUCGUCCAGAUCCAUUGUGUUGCAAGAAGCAACAAGGUCUGCAGAACAAUAAGCCUCGUUGCAUUGGUCACCCAGACAUGGUAGGAAUUCCAGAUGUUUCUCUGGAUUCAGUCAUUCUAAUGCACUUGGAGUGUCAAGUCCCGGUAUCCGAGCACAACUAUAGGCAGCAGACCACAACCUCGCCAUCUCAACGCAGAAGUUCUACGCAGGACUACUCACCAUAUCUCAAAGCUGGGCUCCUCUUUACCCCCCAUGGUUCCUCAAAACACAGGCUUCCUGAAGAAAAGAACUCUGCAGUAGUGACGAUCCACGGUGAAGAGCAGCACUAUGUGCAUACUGACAUUACCUUAGACCAGCUGAAUGAGAUCAUGCUGCCAAAGGCAACAGAUUACUUCUACAGAAACCCCGAAGCGACGGCCUGUCAAAUGCUUUGGAAGUCUAGACAUGGCACUGAGUACAUUGAGUUCGAGAAGCCAAGGAUGGAGGAGAUGCCAUGUGCAGAACGACGGGCAAUUUCUAGGGCAGGUAGUAGGAAAAGGAAGCUGGAGGUGCAACAAGAUCAGGUGCAGGUGCUGGGGAGCUGGAAUCGCAAGGUGGCUUGCUUCCUCAAUUCGUGGGUUGCACAUGCACCUGUCCGGCUGCGAGGCUUGAUCCUGGACUGGAUUCAGAGAGGGAAGGAAAGUCAGCUAGCAGCAGUGCCACCACCACUGCACCUGAAGAUCUGA